CGAAGUUGUUGUCUCUUUUGAGUAUUAUUACUUCUCCUAAAAAAUCAUUACUUUUGCACGGCGUAUCCCUYAGGUUUACGUCGUUCGUUUGUGAUUUUUCAUAUUAAUAAUGGGUUUCGUUAAAGUUGUUAAGAACAAACAAUACUUUAAACGUUAUCAAGUCAAAUUCAAGAGGCGUCGUGAAGGUAAAACUGACUACUAUGCACGAAAACGUUUGAUCGUCCAGGACAAGAACAAAUAUGAUACACCCAAGUACCGUUUGAUCGUUCGUUUCUCUAACCGAGACAUCACAUGCCAGGUUGCACACUCUCGCAUUGAAGGAGACAAAAUCGUAUGCGCUGCCUACAGCCAUGAAUUGCCUAAAUAUGGUGUUAAAGUAGGUUUAACCAACUACGCUGCUGCUUACUGCACUGGACUUUUAGUCGCUCGCAGGUUAUUGAAAAAACUUGGUUUGGAUCGUUUGUAUGAAGGAUUAAAAGAAGCUAACGGUGAAGAAUAUUACGUCGAACCUGCUGAUGAAGGUCCAAAUGCUUUCCGUUGCAAUCUAGAUGUUGGUUUGAUGAAAACCAGUACUGGUGCUAGAGUAUUUGGAGCAAUGAAAGGAGCUGUCGAUGGAGGUUUCAACAUUCCUCAUAGCGUGAAACGAUUCCCAGGCUACGAUGCUGAAGCCAAAGAAUACAGUGCUGAAACUCAUCGUAAACACAUUUUGGGUUUGCAUGUAGCUGAAUACAUGCGAAAAUUAGAAGAAGAGGAUGAAGAUGCUUACAAUCGUCAAUUCUCUCAGUACAUCAAAUUAGGAAUUGUUGCAGAUGAUUUGGAAAAUAUGUACAAGAAAGCACAUGAAAAUAUCAGGAGUGACCCUAAACGAGAUAGAAAGCCGAAGAAGGAAGUUUCAAAGGAACCUAAACGCUGGAACGCCAAGAAAUUGACCAACGCUGAGCGCAAACAACGUGUUGUGGAAGCCAAAGCUGCGUACCUUAAAGAGUUACAAGGCGAAGAGAUGGAAUCCUAAACCGUUUWAUGUGCAAAGUGUGUUAUUUCAAUAAAACAUAAAACUUUAAAAAAAAUUUA